GCGGGAGUGGAGCACACGCUGGCGGGCUGUGUUCCUUGUCUGUGCACUGCUUCUGACAGUAAUCGCUGCGUCUUUUCAAGCUCUAUCAUUAUACACCCCCUAUCUCCCCUUUUCAGCCCAAACAUAUUUGCUACCAUGGGAUUCAUUAAGAACAACCCAAGAUCGAUUCUGCUCGCAUGGUCUGGCAUCAUUGCUGUUGGUUUCGGGUCGUUCGUCUACGCCAAGGACCUUGUCAGCAACGAGCGGCGUGCUGAGGAGAUCCGGCGGAUCAAGCGGGAACGGCGUCGCGGCGCGUACAGCCACUACGACACGCUCCACCACAACUCGGAGGAGACUCAGCCGCAGGCUGCAAAGUCCGAGCAGGCGUGAGCAUGCCGAUUUCCGAAAAUCACUGGAUUUUUCGCUGAUUCUGCUCUCCUCUGCGGGCGAGGCGUGCUACAAAAAAGAACACAGCCAUGUCUGACUUUUUCCUUCUUUUCUCUCUUUGCCCACUUUUUUUCUUUUUCAACAAACUUCCUUC